AUGGCUGCCUUCGUAAGGAUUCCCAAAACAUGCAACAGUGUUCUUUUAAACCUGAAAUGUUUUAUUUUGGCGACACGUUUAAGGCAGCGUGUAGCAUUUUCCUCCACGAUAAGUACAGAAUUCACAUCAAAGAGAGUGCGACACAUGUUUACGGAGUUUUUCAAGGAGCAACAUCACCACAAGCUCGUCUCAUCUUCUCCUGUGCGACCGAGAGGAGACCCGAGCCUCCUGUUCGUCAAUGCAGGCAUGAACCAGUUCAAGCCCAUCCUGUUGGGCACGGUGGACCCGCGCAGUGAGAUGGCGCAAUACCGGCGGGUGGCAAACAGUCAGAAGUGUGUUCGCGCCGGAGGCAAGCACAAUGACCUAGAGGACGUCGGCCGAGACGUCUACCAUCACACUUUCUUCGAAAUGCUGGGAAACUGGUCCUUCGGUGACUACUUCAAGAAGGAGGCAUGCUCCAUGGCUUGGCAGCUGCUGACAGAGGUGUACAGAAUCCCUCCAGAUCACCUCUACAUGUCCUACUUUGGUGGGGACAAGACACUGGGACUGGCAGCGGAUGAGGAAACCCGUGAGAUUUGGCUGAGCAUUGGGGUCCAGCCUGAUCACAUCCUGCCAUUUGGGAUGAAGGACAAUUUUUGGGAGAUGGGGGACACGGGGCCAUGUGGCCCUUGCACGGAGAUCCACUACGACCAUGUUGGGCUGAGGAAUGCAGCCACCCUGGUGAACAGUGACAGUCCGGACGUGGUGGAGAUCUGGAACCUGGUUUUCAUGCAGUACAACAGGGAGCCGGAUGGCAGCCUACGCCCUCUCCCCCAGUUGAGUGUGGAUACAGGGAUGGGUCUGGAGCGCCUAGUGACCAUACUGCAGGGUCAGCGCUCUAACUAUGACACUGACCUCUUUACACCACUCAUUUCUGCCAUUCACCAGCGGUCCCAAUGCCCAGAGUACCGUGGUCAAACCGGAGAGGCUGACAAGGGUAGUGUGGACAUGGCAUACCGUGUCAUUGCUGACCACAUCCGCACCCUGUCAGUCUGCAUUGCUGAUGGGGUGUACCCUGGCAUGUCGGGAGCUGAGCUGGUGCUGCGGCGUAUCCUUAGACGGGCGGUACGCUUCUCCACAGAGGUGCUGAAGGCCCCCCCUGGGAUGCUGGCGAGCCUGGUUCCCACUGUGGCAUACAUACUGGGUGACGCCUAUCCUGAGCUGCACAAAGAAACUGAUAGAAUCAUGGAUAUUAUCAAUGACAACGAGGCCCAGUUCCUGUCCUCUUUGAAGCAGGGGCGUCGCGUGAUUGAGAGAACACUUCAGAAAAUGGACGGCAGCAAAGUUUUCCCAGGAUCUGUGGCCUGGUCCCUACAUUGCAACCUCGGCUUUCCCCUGGAUCUUAUUGGCUUAAUGCUGGAGGAGAGAGGUGUGGCUAUGGAUACAGAAACCAUACAGACGUUGGCUUUAGAAAACGAACAGCUGAAGGCGCAAGGCCCUGUUGUUGACAAGCAGAGCUGCAUGGACCUGGAUGUGCAUAGCCUCUCAGAGCUUCAGAGGGUGGGAGUCCCUCAUACAGACGACUCCCCAAAAUACCACUACAGCCUGGGGCAGGAUGGGAAAUAUGUGUUCCCCCCCUGCAGGGCUACGGUGCAGGCCCUGUACUACGGUCAGGCCCUGGUGCCGGAGGUGCAGGAGGGCCAAAAGUGUGGGGUGGUCCUGGACCAGACCUGUUUCUAUGCCGAGCAGGGAGGACAGGCACACGACCAGGGCUACUUCAUCCGGGAUGGACUGCAGGACGUCCUGUUCCCUGUUGAGGCGGUGCAGCUGAUGGGAGGGUACGUGGUCCAUCAGGUCACCGCUGCUGAGGCCCUGAGGAAGGGUGACCAGGUCGAGCUCUUUGUGGAUGAGGCCCAGAGGCUGGCCUGCAUGGUGAAACACACCGCCACACACGUCCUCAACUUUUCUCUCAGGCAGCUGCUUGGCGACGGGGUGGAGCAGAGGGGGUCCCACGUCUCCCCCGACCGCUUGCGCUUUGACUUUAGUAUCAAGGGGACAUUGAGUAUUCAGCAACUUCAAGACAUUGAAAAGACAAUACAGGACAUCAUCACCAAAGAUGAGCUUGUUCACACCCAGGAACUGCCUCUGACCUUGGCCAGAGGGAUACAGGGAUUGAGAACAGUAGAUGAGGUGUACCCUGACCCAGUGAGGGUGGUGUCUGUGGGAGUGCCUGUCUCUGAUCUUCUCAGUUCCCCCACCAGCAGGCCGACAUCUGUGGAGCUCUGCUGUGGAACGCACUUGCUAAGAACAGGAGAGAUCCAGGACUUUGUCAUUGUCUCUGAGAGGCAGAUGGUGAAGGGAAUGAGCCGGAUUGUAGCUGUCACAGGAGAGGAAGCCAGGAAGGCGCGAGAGGCAGGGCACAUCUUGGUCCAGGAAGUAGAGGCUAUGUCUGCACGGGUGGCGUCUGCAGACAUGUCCAUCUCCACCACACAGAGGCUGUCCAAAGAAGUGGGCUUGCUGACUGAUGCGGUGGACAGCACGGCCAUGCCCCAGUGGGAGCGGAGGAAGCUCCAGCAGCAGCUCAAAGCUCUGCAGAGGACCACCAACACUGCCAUCAGGAAGCUGGAGACCGCAGAGGCUGGCAAGAAAGCCCAGACACUGUGGGAAAAACACAAUAAAUCAUCUUUGGUUGUGGACACAGUGGACGCAGACUCCAUAUCGGUGGUUAUGAAGGUGGUGAACCAGUACAGUGACAAGGCCCCUGGAGCGCUGGUCAUGCUCCUGUCCCACCAACAGUCAGGGAAGGUCCUGUGCGCCUGUCAGGUGCCAAAGGGUUGCAGCUUCCUCUCUGCCAGCGACUGGGCCCUGGCCGUCUGCAGCCAUCUGGGGGGGAAUGCAGGGGGCUCUGCCAUUGUGGCAAAGGGCACAGGAAGCACCCAGGACAUCUCAGAGGCCCUCCAGUGGGCUGAGGAGUUUGCCCGUGGCAAGAUCCAGCACUGACUGUGACGACA